UCCCAGGCCAGCCGAGAGACGUAAUCCCUCCAGCGUGUCCUGGGUCUUCCCCGAGGCCUCCUCCCGGUUCUUCCAUACAGAUAAACACAUUUAUCCACCAUCGCUAAAAUCACAUACUCCAGACAGAAGUCAUUGAACAGAGAACAGGAGCUGAGAUGAGUCAGUGAUUCAGACACUCAUCAGGGAAAAAGCCCUCAAUUAAGACCAGAACUGCAUGAUGUUGGUUGACAAAUAAUUCUAGAGAUGACGUGACAUCAUUUGGAAGAAAUGCACAUUUUCUCACUCUUCUCUUCUGCUCUGACAUUCCGAUGUCUCCAGUACUCUGCAACUUUUAGCAUCUGAAGCGCUGUCAUCUGGGUCAGAUGGAAAUAUUUACUGCAGCAAAAAUAUCCAUUGGCAUGCAAAGUGCCAUUCCCAACACUUGCAGUAUAAUAGCCAACAAAUAUGAUAUUCCAAAUAUUUUUUGUAGUGUUAACAUUAUGAUGAUAAAUUUCUUCAAACUGAGACCUCUCCCCAGAUUUGACACCCCUUGUGCCUCCUGCCUCCUUCACUGUGAACAUAGUUGUGAAGUCUUGAAAGUUGUUCAGUUGUUCAUCAAAUCUUAAGUUAUUUUGAUCAAAUCAACAUAUUAAGUUAACGUUAUUUUUUUUCUCAAUUGAUGUCACACCAUUAUUUUUUUUCUCCAGAAUACACUGUAAUAACUAUCAAAUCAACUUACAUUGAUAUUGCUAAAAAUUAACAUUUAUAUAUUGAUUAGCUUGUUUCAUGACUGUUUUUUUCUGAUGUUAGAAACUAGGUCACUUGAAAACAGACUUUGUGUUUUGUAGCCGAUUCAUAAAAAUAACACAAGUUGCUUCCUUGGCUGCACGAUAUAUGGCAAAUGUAUCUUUAUCACAACAUCAAUGUGCACAGUAUAGUGUUGGCUAAUUUAUUGUAAGUGCUAUGAAUUCACCCUUUGAUUUCAUAACAGUUUUAUAUUCAUCCUGUUGGAUGGAUCCUUCUUGGAGUAGAUGCUCAUACUUGAUGCAGAUGUUGGUGACAGAGAUGCUAAAGAUCACAGAGGGACUGGGGGAACAGAUCUUUUUUAUUUUUCUAACAAUAGAUUUGGUUUGGCUAUCAAUUACUAUUUAGCGCCAAAGGUGAUUAUUAACAAAAUUAGUAAUUUACAUAAAAAUUACCAAGUUGGGAGGACCACCUGAUUAUCAGGAAACAAUAACCAAAAUAGAUGGAGUCAACUCCCCCACCCCACCCAGUUAUUCUCAAGGAAACCCCCCCACACAGACAUAGAAUGAUAAAAAUCAUCAUACGGUGACAUCACACCUCAGACUGACUGGAUUCUUCGUCGAAUGUGAAGACUGGAAGUGAGCAGCUAUUAAAGUGGGCAGCCUAGCUCUAUUUCAUAGCAGUCUGUAUAAAUGUCAAAACCUAACAAAAGGACAGCUUUUCACUUUUAUAUCACUUUAGAACUCAUCUCCUGCUCCAUCUUCUGUUUUGUCCAUCUUCAUUGUCCAUUGUCCUGCAUGUACCUCACAGUGCUAGCUGCGUCCAUCUACAAGAACAAAACUCUGCCACUGGGAUCCUGUACUAUGAUGACAUAUUAGUGACUCUACUGRAGAAACGAUGUGACAGAAAACUUGUGCAGCUUAGGAACUGUAACCUUCUUGCUGCCCACCAUGAACCUUUGUUCCUUGAUGCUCCAGCUGAGGCCAUCAGUGGGUAUUCACCUUCUCUGCAUCCUGCUGCUCCUCUCCAGCAUCUACCUCACAGUGCUAGCUGCGUCUGAGUCAGGUAAUGAAAUGACGAGCAAGAAUGGAAAAGCUAAAGGCUCCUCAAACUCCACUGUUGCAAUAGAUACUGAGGAAAAGGGCAAUAGAAGUAAUACAUUGGCUAAAAUCAGUGAAACAUCUGUAGGCCAAUCUCAGCAGUUGUCGUCCACCUCUUCACCCACGAAUGCUGUACGUACUCAGUCUGCAGCUAAGAACGUCCUUCUAUCGCCUACUGCAGAACCUGUUGGGACUUCUCAAACUGUUAUACAAUCGACUAAAACAAAUUCUGAAGCCCCAGCAACAACUCUGUCCAACAAAACACCAGCAAGAAAAACACUAUUUACAACAACACCUUUGUCCACCAUACCACCGCCUGCAACUCAAACUUCAACACUACCACCCACCAAACCAUCGUCUACAACUCCUACUUUAACAUUUCUGCCCACCAAGACACCUACAACAUCAAAAACAGUUGAAAACUCUCCAAAUACGAGUGCUACGAUCACCAUUUUGUCCACAGGCAAGAAAAGUUCAUCAUCAUCUGUGGUACCCACACAGAAGUCAAUUACCAGGAAAUCAACUCUUUCACCCACAUCUUUAAGCACAGAAGCCACAGCCAUUCCUCCUAGCAGAACCACUACUUCUGGCGGCCGCAGUAAGUCCGCUGCUUCUGCAACAAGGGUUCUGGUGGUGGAAGUGGCUGGAGCAGCUCUGACCCAGCAGCUGGUGGACACAGCUUCUUUACUAGCUGUCCUGCUGUUUGGCCUGCUCUUCUUCCUGGUUACGGUGGCGGUGUUUGUCACGCAGGCRUACGAGAGCUACAGGAGGAAGGACUACACCCAAGUCGACUACCUGAUCAAUGGCAUGUACAGCGACUCUGGAGUGUGAUGCAGGAAGACACGUGGCUCUGGACCUUGAUCUUGCACAAUAUGACCACAGUGGCAUUGUUGAAGAAGUUGGAAUAAAGUAGCAAAUGGAGCUGAUGAAAAACAACCUGGACUAUUUUAUUCUUUUCUUCAUGUUUUCUUUUGGCUUGUGUAGCAUUUCGUUUCUAACACGUGAUCCUGAACUUUGAGGAUGAAGAGCAGUCUUAAUGAGUUCAUGUGUAGAUCAGCUGUCAGUGCUGAAAGCACACAAUAUUCAUCCUUUCCACAUCACAUUUCUGUUAAUCAGUAUGAUCAAUAUGACCAUAAUAUUUCUAAUACCUUUUCAGACUGAAACUGAAAUAUGUGGAGAAAAAAAACUCUCUUUACAACAUGGCAGCCAUUUGUUAAAUGCAGUUGAAUUAAUUUUUUAACAUUUCAUAAACCAUCAUUUCUUUUCAAACUGAAACUUGACUUGAAUGUGUAUAUAAAUAUAACAUCUGAAAUACCCCUGCUUUAAUACUGAUAACAGUUUCGCUUUAAAAACAUCUAAAUCUAGUAUUUAUUUUUAUAGGAUUCUGUUGAGAGGUUAUAGUAAUAGUAAAUAACUUGGUGUCCUUUUAGUACAGAUAUCAGUUUUUUCCUAGAGGUUGAAGCUAACAGAUAAAACCAAAGCAGAUUCCUACACUAUCAAACAUUUCCAUUUUAAAGACAUUUAGACCAAUUCAUUAGAUUUAUUUUUUUAUGAACCAUCAUACUACUUUCACUUUAUUAUUAAAUGAUUUUAAUUUUUAAUGGAAGUAUGUGGUCAGUAGUAAUGAAGACUGAUAUUUAUAACAUCCGUCUGUAUCAUCAUAUUGUCAUUAUAGAAUAUUUACCUGGAUUUUUAAAGAGUUUUGAUUUCUCAAUUGUAUUAAAGUGACUCAGGCUGGAUAUACUAACAUGUUCCAUUUUGUUGUAUUUGAUGUGGCUUGACCACAAAGAGCUCUGGACAUUUUUCCCCUUUGGCAUUUUGUACAAUUUCAACUAUGGUUGUUUUCAAUCGGGCUAUUUUUGUUAGGAAACUAACUUUAAUUACUCAUUACAAAUGACAAUUUUUACUCUACUGUUAGAAAACUUACUCUCCAGUUAGUAUCAUGUAUUGACAGAAGGUCAGCUGAAGGGAGCCACAUUUGGAAURCCAUGAUGCAUUUUUCAUGCAUGCAGCUUCCAGCUGGCUAUGAGGCGAACUGAGCCAGAGUUUCUCACCACCAUAACUGAUCAUGUUAACAAGCAGAAGAUCAAAGAUUUGCUCUGUAAAGGUCUGGAGGUAUUUGAGUGCAGGACAAUUUUAAUAACUCAUAACCUCUCAACAGAAUAACUCUUCAAAAAGUUUCAGUGUAAAUCAGGAUAUCUCCUCAGAACAAGUUGAUGCAUCAAGACUAUGCCAUGAACUGUGAACAAAUCAUAUUAUACUACAAUAGUAUAAUCAUAUUAUACUAUUGGUUGUUUCACAUAGUUUUGCACACAUGAUAUUCUGAUAGAAAGGGAAGCAGGGCUGGUACUACAUUGAAAGCUCCUGUUCACAUGAACAGGAGCUUUCAAUGUAGAAUACAUAUUCUACAUGAUGAAGCUCAGUGUCCAUACCAGGACUCUGACAAAUCCUUCCCCCUAUACCCCUUACAUUUUCAGUUUGGUUUUCUACACUUUUUUCAAACAUUCAUUUAGUCAUUUCUUGUUGUGUGCAUGUUGCCUGUAGCAGAGGGGGCUUGUUGAUCUGAAGAGGUUCAGCAUCACUGAUURAAACAAACAGCUUCAGUUCCAGCCUGCUGACUGACCGUGCUGAAGCAGGGCGCUCACUAGGAAGAAUGUAACUGUUAUCAAAGGACACAGUUUUGAUUUAAAUUUAGAUCUGCAUGAAAUGACUGAAUAUGUGAGAACCAUCUGUUUGGUUUGAGAACCAGAGUACAUCCCAGGUAGAAACCUGGAGCUGUCUCUGCAGUAAAGGUGGAUGUUUGACCAGCUGACGUUUGGAGGAGCAGAAGACCAGUGGAGGUGUUAAAGUCACUCCUACAACCUUCUCUCAGCCAGCAGAUCACAGUUUUGUCUGCUGGCCUCGAGUAAUUUUUACAUUUCAGCUUGUCUAAAAGCCUCCUUAAGUCUUACUUGACCUGUUCGAUGGCUACAUAUCUCAUGCUGGUUUAAUUAUCUAUGAAAGCACAGGAGUUUUUUUUAAACAAAGCUCCAAAAUUUUUGUUAAAUUUCAUGAAAUUCCAUUGAGCUUGAUUGAAGUAGACCAUGCUUUCCUUCACAACUGGGUUUAUUUUGAGUUUGACUUCAGUGGAAGCUUUUGAAUGUAUUUAAUCUUCAUUCUUCCAUAUGAUACGUGUUAAUGACCUCAUUCUGUUCCUUACAACGGUUCAGAUUUAUGUGGUCUUGGAGGUACAUAAUUGUAAUUAAUGUGUGUGUUUAUAAGUCCAUGAUUAUUAAGAUUUUGAAAGGACCUUAUCAUUUUUGGAAAUUGUUGUUUUUUAUUCCUUUUAUUUUCUCUUUAACUGAGUGUGUUUCCAAUAAUGUUGUCUUUUUUAAUACAUCUAUUAGUUGUCUGGAAAUAUUGUUUUCUUAUCAAGAAUUCACAAUGCAACACUUUUGUAUCUUCUUUUUCUGGUGCCAAAUUCUUUUUGAUAUUUUUUUUUUCAUGAUCAAUAAAGGCAGUACGUAUGGUYUAGAGUGAUUUUUAGAAACUUUUGCCAAAUUAAAGCACAUUGUUUUCUGACAAAGCCAAGGGAAAUUUAAAGCCAUAGUGAGUUUGUGACCAAUGUAACAUUUGAGUGGUUCUCACAACUAACACCCUGAAAUGUUAUUGGUGUGACAGAAUAUUUUUGUUGUGCAUGUGAGAUGCCUUGGCGRAUAUUUUUUUUUUUGCAUGAAAAACUCCUUUCUCUGUAAAUUGUUCAUGGAAGCAGAGAACCACCAUUAGCCAUAUGUAAGACUGUUUUGUCUGUUGUGCCAGUCUGUGUUGAAAGUUUCAGAUCAAUGUCCGUCAUGUCAGUCGGAUUGUAAUAAAGUGAUGUUUAUGUUUCUGAUGUCA